AUGGAGAACAGAUCAGAAGUGAAUGAGUUCAUCCUUAUAGGAUUAACAGAUGCCCCAGAGCUUCAGGUCCCCCUCUUCAUAAUGUUCACUGUCAUUUACCUCAUCACCGUGGUGGGGAAUCUGGGAAUGGUAGUCCUGAUCUUCUGUGACUCUAACCUCCAUACACCUAUGUACUUUUUCCUCAGUAAUCUCUCUCUCGUGGAUUUUGGCUAUUCCACAGCUAUUACUCCUAAGGUGAUGGCAGGCUUCCUCAUGGGGGACAAGGUCAUCUCUUACAAUGCGUGCGCCACUCAGUUUUUCUUCUUUGUGGCCUUUUCCACUGUUGAAAGUUAUCUCUUGGCUGCAAUGGCCUAUGAUCGCCAUGCGGCUGUGUGUAAGCCCCUCCAUUAUACCACCACCAUGACGUCCAAAGUGUGUGUGGGUCUAGCCAUUGGUUCCUACGUCUGUGGUUUUCUGAAUUCUUCCAUUCACACCAGAGACACCUUCAGUUUUGAUUUCUGUAAUUCUAAUGUGAUUCAUCACUUUUUCUGUGAUUUUCCAGCACUUGUGGCUCUCUCCUGUUCCAACACACACACCAGUGAACUGGUUGUCUUCUUUGUCGUGGGAUUCAAUGUCAUUUUUUCCAUUUUAGUCAUCUUGCUCUCUUACUUUUUCAUCUUUAUUGCCAUCCUGAGAAUGCAUUCAGCUGAGGGUCGACAGAAAGCCUUCUCCACCUGUACUUCCCACCUUACAGCAGUGUUCAUAUUCUAUGGGCCAGGAAUGUUCAUGUAUUUACAACCCAGUGCUAGUCAUUCCAUGGAUACUGACAAAAUAGCAUCUGUCUUCUAUACCAUGGUCAUUCCCAUGUUGAACCCUUUGGUCUAUAGCCUGAGGAAUAAGGAGGUAAAAAAAUCUUUCUUUAAAAUUUCUGAAAGGGUGAAGUCUUCAUUAGGUUUAUCCCUUUAA